GUCACAGAGCUUGUCUGCAGUUUUCUUCCUUUCUCUCCCUCCACCUCGUGAGUGAAUAGCCAUGAACUGGUCUGUGGGAGUCCUGCGGGCCGGCCGGAGAGUGGAGGCUGCGAGAGUGAAUUUCCUGUGCCCGAGGGGGGCGCUGUGUCCCCGCCAGCCGGCAGGCAUCUCCCUUCCGGUCGCCUGGCCCGUCACCCUCGUGUCCAGGAUGGCGACCAUCAAGUGUGAGCUUAUCAAGAAUUUCACCUCCGAGGAGGCCGUUCAUCACAACAAAGUCUCCAUUAUAGGAACCGGAUCGGUUGGCAUGGCCUGUGCUAUCAGCAUCCUGUUAAAGGGCUUGACCGAUGAACUUGCCCUUGUGGAUGUUGAUGAAGACAAACUGAAGGGUGAGACCAUGGAUCUGCAACAUGGCAGUCCGUUCGUGAAAAUGCCGACUAUUGCCUCCAGCAAAGAUUACCUUGUCACUGCAAACUCCAACCUUGUGGUCAUCACAGCAGGUGCACGCCAGGAAAAAGGAGAAACGCGGCUUAAUUUAGUCCAGCGCAACGUGGCCAUCUUUAAGUUAAUGAUUUCCAGUAUUAUCCAGUAUAGCCCUCGCUGCAAACUGAUUGUUGUUUCCAAUCCAGUAGAUAUAUUAACUUACGUGGCCUGGAAAUUGAGUGGAUUUCCCCAAAACCGUGUUAUUGGAAGUGGUUGUAAUCUGGACACUGCCCGUUUCCGUUUCUUGAUUGGGCAAAAGCUUGGUAUUCACUCUGAAAGCUGUCAUGGGUGGGUCCUUGGAGAGCAUGGAGAUUCCAGUGUCCCUGUGUGGAGUGGAGUGAACAUCGCUGGUGUCCCUCUGAAGGAUUUGAGUUCAGAUAUAGGAACUGAUAAAGAUCCCGAGAAGUGGAAAAAUGUCCACAAAGAUGUAAUUGCCAGUGCCUAUGAGAUUAUUAAAAUGAAAGGUUAUACUAAUUGGGCCAUUGGCUUAUCUGUGGCUGAUUUAACGGAAAGCAUUUUGAGGAAUCUUAGAAGAGUGCAUCCAGUUUCCACCAUAAUUAAGGGUCUGUAUGGGAUAAACAAAGAAGUAUUCCUCAGUGUUCCAUGUGUCUUGGGAGAGAAUGGUAUUGCAGACCUUGUAAAGGUGACGCUGACCCCUGAAGAACAGGCCCGUCUGAAGAAGAGUGCAGAAACACUGUGGGAAAUUCAGAAGGAGCUUGAGCUUUAAAGUUGUUUGAAACUAUCUUUCAGAAGUUAUUGAAGAGAUAGUAGGUGUGGGGUUGUAUAUGUCAAAUUUUUUAAUAAACUUGAAAUUGCUAGAAGUUGGAAAUAGGAAAGGAAGUACAGUGACUCAUCUGUUUAUUCCCCGGCUUUUUUAUUUAGCAUACAGAUGUCAGGAUGAUUUUUUUUCCCCACACACAAUUCCUAAGUGACUGCAUCAAAGGUGUUUUUGUACCACUGAUGUGCCAGUACUUGCCACAGACAGAGAGAGAGUUGCUAUUUGGUCCAAAAGGAUAAAGGAUAUAGGUUUGUUGUGUUACAGAAAUAAUUUUCAUUAAGUACAUGUUAAUUUUUUCAUUCUGGCUGGCUUACACCUACUGUGUUCAUUUAUAUACUGUUUUUAAGAAGUUGUGACUUUCUCUACAAUGUAAAAAUAAAUAUACAGACAGAAGUACUGUGAAGGAGCCAUCAGCUGCCUUCGUGCGCCUGUGACAACCUUUCAGAAGCUGAAUUUCCGGGUUCUUCAAAAUGACUGUCGGUCCUAGAACGCCUUCAUCGUUCUACCUCCAGUACCGGAGUCCUGCAAGAGGCAGCUGAAGCCAAAUGAGCUAGUCAGUGGCAAAGACAUUAAUUCCAACAACUGCUUAUUUUUUUAACAAUAGAUACUAUUCUUAAGGAUGAAAGACUUUCGAAGCAAAAUGCAAUCAAUAUUUCCAGCAAUCCCCAAGAACUCCGAAUCGACUCUUGAGUGGGAGGAAGCAUUGAAAUCCAAAUGAGAUAAGCAUGGUGAGGGAAGUCUAAAACGAUUGUUUUGGAAAGGGUGGCUUCAGAGAUGCCACAGAAGCAAAGGGGCCUCGAUUGAUUUAUCAUCAGGAACAUGUGCAUUGUUGACUGAAUUCAUGGGAUAGAAGGCGCUCAGUGUCCACAGAGGAGGCCGCCAGUCUGUGCGCUUUACUUUAAAAUUCACAUGGGCAUGCGUGUGCCUAAGGUUUUCCCAAAAUUGGGAAGACUAUUUAAAAAUAAUCAUAUGGAUAACCUCUCUGUGGAGAAGAUCCCAGGAGAAGUACAUCUGUUUAUAACAGCUGAAGCCAAGUUUUGUACCUGAAAAAAAUGUCUAAUAACAUAUGAUGGAAAAUCUUUAUAGACAGACUCCUAACCACACUAGUACCUCAAUGUGUCUAAUUAAAUGAGUUUCAACAGCG